AAAUGUAAGUGAAAUGCAGGGCGCAUACGUGCCUUUCGUUGAGUGUCAUUCUCGAGACCGAUUAUCCAAUUGAGGAGAAGAUGAAUCUCUCGAACGCACACGGCUUAGAGCGUCAGUUUGUGUACUGAGUUUGGUCUAGAAACAUGUCUGCAAGUGUGAAAGCGCGGGGAAGUUGGGCUUCCAAAACGGAGUUCAUACUGUCGUGUAUGGGUUAUGCAAUCGGAUUAGGUAAUGUUUGGAGGUUCCCGUAUCUGUGCUAUCGUAACGGUGGUGGUGCCUUUCUUGUGCCCUAUCUGCUGAUGCUGUUUCUUUGUGGCAUUCCGUUGUUCUUUCUGGAGGUCUGUCUAGGACAGUUCUCCGGCACGGGUUGUGUGACAGUGUUCAAAAUAGUUCCCCUCCUGAAGGGAGCGGGACUAGCGAUUGUUGUGAUCAAUUUUAUCUGUUCUUCCUAUUACAAUGUGAUUAUCGCGUAUCCGAUUUUGUUUUUGUGGAAAUCCGCCAGAGCUCAACUGCCGUGGGAAAAUUGUCGGAAUGAGUGGAAUACUCCAAGAUGCUUAGAGCUGAAUGGAACGGCUGGUGAUGUGCAGCUGCUGAUGAACAAUAUUGCACUCGAUCCCUCUCAGAGAAUGCGGACUCCUGCCGAUGAGUUUUUUAACAAUGAAAUCCUCCACAUCUCAGAAGGCAUCGGAACGCUGGGUAACAUCGUGUGGCCCCUGCUGACCUGCGACGUGAUUGCUUGGCUGAUAAUCUUCGGUUGCAUCUGCAACGGGAUACAAUCGGUUGGGAAGGUUGUUUACUUUACCGCCACCUUCCCGUUUGUUGUUCUGGCUGUACUGUUCGUGCGAGGAAUCACUCUACCGGGUGCAAUCGAAGGGGUUCGGUUCUACAUCAUGCCGAACUGGAGCGAACUGACCAAUCUGAAAGUGUGGGCCGACGCGGCAGUUCAGAUUUUCUUUUCACUCGGUCCCGGUUGGGGCGGAAUUGUCAACAUGGCGAGCUACAAUCAGUUUCGGAACAACACCAAGUUCGACGCCAUACUUAUUCCGAUCGUGAAUUGUGCAACCAGCAUUUUUGCGGGGUUUGUUGUAUUCUCGGUUCUAGGGUAUUUAUCACAUCAAACCGGACUGCCGGUGUCCACUGUCGCUACGGGUGGACCAGGUUUGGCAUUUGUAACCUAUCCGGAGGCAAUUGGAAUGCUACCAUUUCCGCAAUUUUGGGCUUGCUUAUUUUUCAUUAUGCUAUUUUUACUUGGUGUCGACAGUCAGUUCGUUCAAAUAGAAGCGAUUAUUUCGUCCGUGUUGGACGUUUUUCCACGAUUGCGGCAGCGACAUCGCUUGAUCACCAUUGGGGCUUGCUGCGUAAUGUUCCUGUUAUCAAUCACAUGUACAACGCAAGGAGGAAUGUACUUGAUUCAACUGUUCGACUGGUAUUCGGCCUCAAUUUCGGUAAUCCUGGUUUGCAUCGUAGAGGUCGUGGCCAUAGCUUGGAUCUACGGCGUCCAUCGUUAUGUGCGUGAUGUUGAGUACAUGAUCGGAAAACGGCUGGAGCGGUACUGGAUCGUAUCCUGGAAGUUUGUUACUCCGGUUAUUUUAACGUUCAUCUUCAUCACGACCAUUGUCUACAACAGAGAAAUAACCUACAAUGGCAUCGUCUACCCUCGAUGGGCCAUCGCAUUGGGCUGGAGCAGCUGCUUGGCAUCGAUGCUGUGGAUUCCAAGCUUUGCAGUUUAUAAAAUAAUUCGAUCGAAAGGAUCUUUCCUGGAUCGGGUAAAGAAGAAUCUAAAACCAAAGGACUGGGGGCCAGCAGAUGAGCUAGAAAGAGCUCUUUGGCAAAGUCAUAUCGAGAUGAAGGGCAUCGACGCCUGAUGACUGUUUUCAUUUGUUUAGUAAAAUGACGUGAUUUUAAUGAAUUUAAAGUUCCUAGAAAAUGUUUGUGACACAUUCGAUAGAUAAGGAAAAUAUAUUUUUGAGUUUA